AUGUUUCGUUUGGCCAAAAGUGCAUGCACUGUUCAGCCAUGUUUCGGCCUGAGGACGUCUAGGAGGUUCAUCCAAUCUCCCGGAGCCUUUCCAAAAACCAGCAUUAAGUUUUUCACCAAGGAGAAUUGCCAACUGUGUGAAGAGGCUAAACUGGUGCUUCAAGAUGUUCUUCAAGAACCCCAAGUCAUGGAAAGAGGCGUCGACCUACAAUAUAUCGACAUUUUGGCAAAUGAAAAGUACUUUGAAAUGUACAGGUACGAUGUUCCCGUAAUACACAUAGAAAGAGAAGACAUGCCAAUCGUGAAAUACAUGCAUAGAUUAGACAAACAGGAAAUCAUCGGAGAAUUAAUAGAUUAG